ACCUGGGAUAGCCCCGGAUUCCCCAAGGCGACAAUGGAUUCUGGAUCUCGCCCUGCUGGUAACUGUUGUAGCAGCCCAGCGGGGCUCUCACGAGAGUACAAGCUUGUGAUGCUGGGGGCCGGCGGGGUAGGAAAAAGUGCCAUGACCAUGCAGUUCAUCAGCCACCGAUUUCCAGAAGAUCAUGACCCCACCAUUGAAGAUGCUUAUAAAAUCAGAAUACGUAUUGAUGAUGAGCCUGCCAAUCUGGACAUUUUGGAUACAGCUGGACAGGCAGAGUUUACAGCCAUGCGUGAUCAGUACAUGAGGGCAGGUGAAGGUUUUAUCAUCUGUUAUUCCAUCACGGACCGCCGAAGUUUCCAUGAAGUUCGAGAGUUUAAACAGCUUAUUUAUAGAGUUCGACGUACUGAUGAUACUCCUGUGGUUCUUGUGGGGAACAAGUCUGACCUAAAACAACUAAGGCAGGUCACCAAAGAAGAAGGGUUAGCGUUGGCAAGAGAAUUCAGCUGUCCCUUUUUUGAGACAUCUGCUGCUUACCGCUACUAUAUUGAUGAUGUAUUCCAUGCCCUUGUUCGGGAGAUACGUAGGAAAGAAAAGGAGGCAGUGCUGGCCAUGGAGAAAAAGUCUAAACCCAAAAGCAGUGUGUGGAAGAGGCUAAAAUCACCAUUUCGGAAGAAGAAAGAUUCAGUCACUUGAAGUGAAGAUGUGGGAGUGCUUAUCUGUGAACUGCAGUGCUUAAUCAGAGCAGUCCAGUAGCCUGCCUUAGUGAGCAUGAUGCUUACUCUUUCCCCAUUAUGACUGUUAUUUUUAAAGUAACUGAUGCGGGCCAUGCCUACUAGGAGUCUUCAGCGAUGUGGUAUUUAAAGUAUUUUUCUUAAUUAACUUUACCCAGUGGAGCACUGUCUCCUUUUGAAUUGUCACAUCAGAGUGUGAUUUACCAUUAUAUUGAGUUC